AUGGCGCUCAAGGACACGCUGGACCUGAUCCGGAAGUCGCGGAUGCCGAUAUACCUCGGCUUGACGAUCUUCGGUCGCAGCCACAUGAAGGACGUUUCCGUGGAGGCGGCGCGCAUUCUGUACUUCUCGCUCCUGGCCAUCAGCGUCGUCGUGAACCUCUUCCUGCUCAAGAAGAUCAACGGCAUCGACGACAAGAAGCCGGUGAAGACGAAGAGCCCACAGGGCGAGACGACGACGGUGACGGUGCGCGAGUAUGACACCAAGCAGGUCCUGGACGGGCUGCGGAGCCAACUCAUCAGCGUGGCGAUCGUCUGCGUGCUCCACUUCUACAAGGGCAUGCUCCCGCCGAUGCUCCUCCAGGGCCUCAUGAUGCCCUUCGGCAUCCUCGACAACAAGAUGUUCCGGAUCCACGUCGUCGGCGAGCACCCGUCGGAGGACCUCGCGCGUCCGUUCAAGGCCGGGGGCCUCAUGGAGAUGCUGCAGAACAUGAACCCUGACAACCAGGUGGUGACCAAGGGCAAGAAGAAGGACGGCGAGAAGGCGGCCGCGUCCGGGGAGGCCCGCGAGGCGCCCGCGGGGGGCGCGGAGGCCAAGGGGGGCGCGAAGAAGCGCAAGGCGAAGCGGGCGGACUGA